UCGUUACGUAGACCGGGCAGGAAACACCGAAGGAAAUGAAUACAAGUUAGGAAGCCGAUGACUAAUACACAGUUUACUUUCAAAAACCAUGGGUACGGCGUACAAAGAGCUCUUCAAACUAUACGAUAUAAUUCAAAAUGGGACAGAAAGGUCCCUAGAAAGUUUUUUAAAAGACACACCAAUACAAAUAAACCAGAUAAUACCAUGCAAAGGUAUUGGCCUCCUACAUUUAGCUGUGGGCAUAGAGCCAGAGGAAAAGUCUAAGAAAUGUACAGAGUUACUACUGAAACAUGGAGGAGAUCCGAAUUUAUGCAAUGACGAUGGAGUAACACCAGUCCACAUAGCAGCGAUAUGGGGUCGUGUGGAGAAUCUGAAACUGCUGAUAGGGUGCGGCGGGGACCCUGGUCAACGGGACCUGGACGGCCACUCUGCCUUCGACUACGCGACUAGAGAGGAACAGUGGGAGGUGUUUGACUACCUACACAAUGUUGUAGACUUGACAGACGACAGUCCUGGCCAUAAGUGUGCUUACACAUUGGAUCUGGAGAGAGUAUUACUGACAACAGACCAAGUAGUCGCUGAAUACGGCCCCAUUGUCGACGAAAACCCACAAGAAAAUGUUCCCGCUGUCAGAAAAUCAGAACUUAUCAACGAAUGGUGUGAAAGAAACUCUUUAGCUAUAAACAAACUAUAUCCUACUAUUAUAAGUGAGACAUAUCUUAUAGAUAAUGAAUCAGCCCCAUGGAAAAGUACCUAUUUAAAUUUCUCUGAUAAUGUUACACUUGAUCUCACUAAAGAUAGGAUCUCAGAUACGAACACAAGCUUUAAAUCCUGCAUCUCAAAUAAAUUAUCAGAUGUUAUAAGUGGUGUGCAUAGACUAGACAUGACUUCAGACGAAACUAGACAGUCUAGUGAAGCAAGCUCAAAUGUAAUGAACCAGCGGAUCAGUGUGUAUGAAAACUUUUCCCUGCCCGGCUCUCCAAACAACAUUACACAUAAGAACUACAACACAAAGACGAGUUUGAAGAAACAAAGAAAUAGGAAUCUUAAUACGAAUACAAGUAGUUUGAUCUCAAAUGACUGCUCUCAAGAAUUGGAUAAUGUUCUGGCUGUGGUGCAGAACAAGACGAAUGAGUGGCUUUGUACCAGUAAGGGUGAUGUGGUUGGGAAUACCAGGAGGUCAUCAGCCAGUAGCGGUGUCAGCACCUACUCGGGCGGGAGUAUCGUGCUCGCCAACGUGCAGGAGGAAUAUAAAUACGAGGACAAAGAGGAAGAUGUUGUGCUCAUUGAGAAGAGGCUACUAAUCUCACCCGUCAUACUUCCAUUGGAUGAAGGUUCAGAGCCCGUUACUCCGGACCAUACCAUCGUAUCCGUGGCCUCGUCCCUCCCAGCUUCCGUUCAAUAUGACGAUAACACGCUCAGAGCAGAGCUACUUCGCUUAGGCUUCACACCAGGACCUAUACAAGACACCACGAGAAAUUUAUACCUCAAAAAGCUGCAGGCCCUGAAGAAAACCCCUCGGGAUGAUCUGGAGGGACUCUGUGACAACUUACAAGGACUCAGUGUUAAUAAUAAUGCGCAAAAGAAAUCAUACAGCAUAGAAAUAUCAAAAUCUUUACGCAAUGCCGAAUGGAUGAAGGAUCUCUCAGCGUACGUGGAGUUAGAAAACAAGGCUCGAAAUGACUUCAGUGAUUCAAACAAGAAAUGGCGCGAAGGAACAGCUAAAACAUCGUUCACAUACUUACUCCUCGACCCUCGACUGACUGACAAUCUACCUGCGAAGUCGAGCAAACAGGAUAAACAUACGUCCUGGGUCACUUUUAUUAACUCCAUAUUCUAUGUAGGAAAAGGUAAACGUUCCAGACCAUACUCUCAUUUAUACCAAGCACUAACACUUUGGAAGAAAGAUUUUAAAACAUCCAAAGAUAAGAAGGUCCAACACAUACUAGACAUCUGGUCGGACAAAGUAGGGGUUGUGUGUUUACAUAUAUUUCAAAAUGUGAUUCCGGCAGAGGCGUACACGUAUGAAGCAGCGAUGAUAGAUGCGCUGGGAGUGUCUAGUUUAAAGAAUCUUAAAGUUGGUAAUUACUAUGGAGUGGCGGCUUCGUGGCCGAUGAAGGAACGACGUAUGUUGGGACAUUAUUUGCUGUACAAAGCCAUGCUUAUCUUCCUCAGCGAAGGAGAAAGGCAAUUAAGACCAGACGACCUAGACUGACACGUGGGUACAUAGGUACUCUCUCUUUACAUUGGUUGUGAAAUUCUUGCGUAAAAUUAAAUGAAUUCUAACGUUAUUUAUUUUCGAUGUUAAUAUCUAAGUUGUUGUACGUAGUUAUUGUACUGUAGUGUAUAAUUAAGCUUUAAUGUUUUAGUAUUUACCACAAAUGAGUAUUGUAUUGUAACUCUUUUACAAAACAGACGCCAAAGAAUUUUACACGAGACACGGAGCCAACUGUUCGCACGGAACAUUAAUAUUUUGCCAAUUUAUUUUACUGUUUUAAUGGACUAUAAUUUUUUAAAUGUACUCUUGCGUACUGUGUGACUUAAGUAACACUUUUUAAAU